AUGAGCAAGAAGAGAAUGCCAUUAACUGCAGUAAAUAAUGCCUCACUUGUUAAAUGCAAGGCCACUGAUCCCUCGUUCACCGCGGUCACCGUCAAGUCACCAGAACCACCUUUAAGGCGGUCAGCUAAUUACCAGCCGAACAAGUGGGAUUACAACUCCAUCAAGUCAUUAGACAGUGCCUAUGUUCAUGUUAAGACACAUGCAACAGUACCACUAGAGAAGCUGAAGGAGGAGGUGAGAUGCUUAUUAAUCAAUCAAGAGAACAAAUUGGUGGCUAGACUUCAGUUGAUUGAUGAUGUGGAACGACUUGGUCUAGGCCAUCACUUUGAAGAAGAGAUCAUGCAUGCACUUACUUCCAUAUCUGACAAGAGUGAUCACGUUUUGGAAGUAAUGAAAGAAGACCUCCAUGCCAUAGCUCUGUUCUUUGGAUUGCUUAGGCAGCAUGGACUUGAUGUCUCUCAAGAUAUAUUCAGUCAUUUCAAAGGUGAGAAGAGGAGUUUUAGGGUGUCCCUUCAGAAUGAUGUUCAGGGGUUGUUGAGUUUGUAUGAAGCUUCAUUUCUGGGUUUUGAUGGAGAGAAAACACUGGAGGAAGCUAGGGAUUUCACUACUGAACAUCUUCUUAAUCUAAUUCCAUGCAUGCAUCCACAUUUGAAGCACAAAGUGGAACGUUCAUCGGAACUUCCAUUACAUUGGAGGACUCCAAGGUUGGAGGCGAGAUGGUAUAUUGACCAAUAUAAGAACUCAGAAAACAUGAAUCCAAGUUUGCUUCAACUUGCCAAGGUUGACUUCAACCUGGUCCAGAGCACACACCAGAACGAACUCAAGAAAAUGAUAAAUUGGUGGAAAGUGUUGGGACUUGGAGAGAGAACAACCUUUGCAAGGGACAGGCUAGUAGAGUGUUUCUUUUAUGCAGUUGGAAUUGUGUUUGAUCCACAGCAUGGGUUCUGUAGAGAAGAACUCACAAAAGUUAUGACUUUGAUAACAAUAUUGGAUGAUGUUUAUGAUGUUUAUGGAUCAUUGGAUGAACUUCAGCUCUUUACUAGGGCAGUUGAAAGGUGGGAAUGUGAUGGGAGUGAAGACCUUCCAGAGUACAUGAAGAUAUUGUACAAUUCUAUCUAUAACAGUGCAGAGGAAUUGGCUAAUAAAAUUCAGAAAAUUGAGGGACUGGACGCUAUGCCUUAUAUUGGAAAAGCUGAAGCAGAGUGGCAUUACAGUGGUUAUAAACCAAGCCUUGAGGAGUACCUUAACAAUGGUUGGAUGUCAGCGUCAGGGAAUGUUAUAUUGGUACAUGUGUUCUUGACAUCAGAACAGGGGAAGACAAAGGAAGGAUUUCAGCACUUGAUGAACAACCCAAAUCUCAUCAAGUCUUCGUCCAUGAUCUUUAGACUUUUGAACAAUAUAGCGACAUCUGCAGUAGAGUUAGAGAGAGGUGAUACGCCAACAUCCAUACACUGCUACAUGAUUGAGUACAACAUGACUGAAGAUCAAGCACGUAAAAAAGUAUGGAAUCUGAUUGACAAAUCAUGGAAAGAACUCACUGAAGGGCUUGCCAAUUGCAGUCCACUAUCACUUUUCUUUGGUAUUGCGGCCAUGAAUCUUGCAAGGGUUAUGCACUAUGUAUACCAGCAUGGCGACGGCCAUGGAGCUCCAGAUCAGGACAAGGAGAACCAGAUCAAAUCUCUCUUCUUUGCGCCUAUAAAGCUUGAGGAACACAUUUCCUUAUAUGAUGAUCAUGCUCAUUUAACUUGGAUUUGA